AUGACGCUUCCUGGUCAUGCUAUGGAAGACACGCCUGAUCUGGAAGUCCUCUUGGCACCGAAAGCCAUCGAAAAAGGGAAUGCCAAGAGAAAGUCUUCUAUCAGCGCAGGUGGAAAGAAGCACCACCUCUUUGGCUCUCUGUCCACAAAAAGGAGCAGCUCAGGCAACGGCAGCAGUAAAAACAACAAAAGCGGCAAUUGCAGCAAAAGAAAAUCCGGAGGAAGUAGCGUUGGAUCUCGACGAAGAAAAAAGAGACAGUCAUCGGAUCGCUCGGUUGAUACGCCUCCGUCUGUCACAUCCACCGAAAGUUCCAUCGACAACAUGAAGCCGACGCAGCGAAAGGGAGGCCAUCGUGGCGGACCCAAAUCUGUCUCGAGAAAAGGAGUGCCUACUGGCAAGAAUUCCAAAAAAUCAGACAGGGAAAACGGAGCUGGGAUGGAGGCUGUGAGUCCUGAUUACUACUAUCUUUCCAUCCCAUGGAUUAUCAAGACUUGGAGCUACUUCUUGACCGUGGUGGUCCCAUUUACAAUCCUCUACUACUGCUUUUGUGGAAUCUUUCAUUCCUCGGCCACUCACCAAAAUGUUUUCUUGCAAAAGGUUUGCAUUGCCAACGUUCUGUUCAAUGGCUUGGGGUGUACCUGGAGAACUGGAUCCUGGGCAAGACAAUCCUUGGAUGCUCGUGGGAUCCAUGCGGGACCCCCAGGAGACAAACAACCAUCCCCACCGCCGCUCACAUCCAAGGGCACUGGGUCGAGUAUCAAAAAGAGAUUACCGGGAAGAACACGAAGCGGAAAAAGUAGGGACGGAAGGAACCCGGGGAGUAUCAUUGGUAAUAUUCCCUUGCCACGAAGUCCCACAUUGAAAAUGCCCCACAGAAUAAGAAGGAAAACAAUGCCAGGUGGAGCUGAUUCCGAAGCCGCGGUCCCCAGCAACGACGCAACAACAAUAGCAGCAUCUUCGCCGGAUCAAAGUAUGAGUUCUCGUCCUCACUCGCGAAGCCAGCAUAACACACAAGUCAUUGGGAAAAGGGAGUACUCGGUCCGUGGUCAGGGCGAGAAGUAG